AUGUCCAACCCCUACGAGCCCAUCCCCUCCCGCUCCUCAGAGUCCUCCAGCGGAUCCUCCACCUCCUCGAACGCCAACACCCACGCCUUCCCCCCUCGCGCGCGCCAGCCCGUCCGUCCCCAGACAGAGCAAGAACGCGAGCGUCUCGCCCACUUUGAAGCCCGCUUCGAACGCCCUCCCGUAGCAUGGUGGAAGCGCGCUCUCCUGAUUGUGGGACUUAUCGCCAUGAUGUGGGCCAGUAUCUGGCUCGGCAGGAGGGGAAGGAACAAGAAGCCUGAAAUCAUCUAUGCUAGCCGAUACUCGGACGAGUUCAAGUACCGACCUGCCGCUUCCCCCGUCAUCACUGAACACCUCAAAGAUGGCCGUAUUCGACUUCGAGGUGCCAGCAUUGGCGGCGUUGGCGUGAAGGAGAACGAUAUCCCUCUUACCCCCGCGCAGAAGGAGAAGAAGGAUAAGGAAAGGAGGGAGGAGGCCAAGAAUGCGGCGCGAGCAAAGAUGGGUUUGAAGCCCAAGCAGAAGAAGAAGGAGCCCAACAUUUACGAUGUGCACAAGGCUAGGGCGGAGGAAGCGGGCCUUCUUUUCUAG